AUGGGACAGAGCACACUCUCUUUAAAUAUUCGCCAAUUUUCAAGCACGCCAGCCGUGGCCAAGCGCCAGGUCAGGAAGAUCCCAGUCCUCUCCAAGAAGGCUGCCGCAGCCAAGGCAGCGCGCAAGAAAGCAGCAAAAACGCAAAAACACAUUUACCACAAUGAGCGCAUGCCGUUGGAGAGCGCUGUCCAUGUCCUGCGCUCCGUAGAAGUUGCGCGCCCUCAAUCAACAUUUGAACUCGUCGUCCGGACAGCGAUGGGCAAGGGGACGACGAUACCAAAGGGCCGUAUAUCACUCCCUCGCGAAGCCAAGACGCAGUCGGAGGACCGUAUCCUCGUCUUCGCCGAGGGCCGUCAGGCAGACGAAGCCCGUAAAGCUGGCGCACAUAUUGUCGGUGGACCAGAACUUAUUGAUGCUGUCAUCAACGGCCGGCACCAGGCCACCACCAUCCUCUGCACGACCGGCCUCAUCCGCACCAUCACCCCUCGUCUCGGCCGUAUCCUCGGUCCCCGCGGUCUCAUGCCCUCAGAGCGCCGCGGCACAGUCACGGACGACAUCGAGGGCUUCAUCCGGCGUCUGCAGGGUACGACCGAGUGGAAGGGCGACAAGUCUGGCACCAUACGCAUGCCCAUCGCCAAGGUCCGUCGUCCCUUUCCCAGCUCUGUCUCUCCUCUUCUUCUUAUUCUGAUUCAAACACGUUCCGACCCCAAAAAAACUCGCAGAUCCACUUCCCCGUAG